CAAUGAAGUUGGUCUUCUUUAUUUCAACAUGUCGUCAACUGCAGCUAUACAGAUUCCACAGAUUCCACAGAUCAUCAUCAACAUGUUGUUACAGUUGAUGGCCCGGGAUGAAUUGGUCGACCUUUUGGACCAAUUCAAUCACAUCUGGAGUGCCAAUAAGCAGCUACUAUGGACUGGCUUGCGCCGCGAGGCUGCACAAAGCUUUGCAGAUAAAUAUGGAUUACAGACAUUGACCACAGCCAUGGGCCCCUUUAUGGAUAGAAAUGACCCUCGCUGUUUAUAUGCUACCAAGUCUACCAAGGCCUGGAGCGAGUAUAUCAAAGGCGCAUCGGCGCUCUUUGCAUUCUAUAUUUCCAAGGGUGAUAUGGUCCUUGUCCUUUCGCCUACUCCGCCCAAUCGUUUCCACCCUUCAGGUUGUACCAAUUUUCAGCUCAUUGAAAAACCAAUCCUGCAAGGCAAGUUGGGUAACAGGGCGGUAGGGCGCAUAAUGCUAAUCCACCCUAUGGUGCAUGGUGCAGAGGCGACCGCGUAUCAAGCGUGGCCGACUAAUAAUACAAGCAAGUGGCAGGAAAUUUUCGGCAACGAGCGGGCCGCUCCAGUCCGCUGGAGAAAAGUCAAACCGAACUCGAAUGCCGCGAUUAGGGCCGCAAAACAGGCGUGGAAGCCGAAGAGAGCACACACGGAGACGUUGGAAGAAAAGCUUGCUAGACAAAAGGCACACGCACACAAGGCUCGAACAGACCGGGCUCGAAAGGCAAGUAUCCAAGAGCAGAAAAGACGGGCUCAUGAAAUGAAGGUACAGAGAGAUCAAGCUCGAAAGGUCGCAAAGGAACGGGCACUGGAGCAAAGCUUGAGCUUCCAACACAGUGAGCCUUGGUCGCCGGCAAAAAUAUUUGCCAGGAGAGGAUUGACCCAAAAGGACUUGGACGACCUCGGCGUCUUGGAAGUUCACGACGAUUUCGUAGUUUUUGCUUUUUAGUUAGCUUUUCGCACUUUUAUUCGGGCGUUUGCGACCAAAAGUCUGAAUCCAGAUGGCGAAGUACCCAGCAAGUUGCACUGCUGAGCAAAGUUACAUAUCAAGCCGAUUUUGUCCUUUCCUACCCCCCUCGGUUUCCCAAAGGAGGUCUGCGCUUAUUACAAAGAAUACAGUUCUGCGUGCUAUGGGAGGGUAAGAAGGGG